UGACGACGAGCAGCGAUGAAUUUCCUCUACCGAGCCGCGCAGCCGGACCUGCCGCGGGUCCCCGAGCAAGAUCGCCGCAAGGACGGCGCCUCGCAGAAGCAGGCCAAGACCCUCGAGGGUCUUAUCGCCGACGACCCCUACCGCGUCUCCGCGGCCGCCGAAGGAGACGGAGCUGCUAGCAACAAUGGAGCUGGAGAGAUCGCCGACGACGCUUCUUCAGAUUCCAAGAGCUCAGCUCCGGCGGGGAAGCAUAGCGACGUCUCGGAAGACGAAGGGUGGAUCACGAUUCCAGACGGGGAGCUUCCUGAAAAUUGGAGCGAAGUUUCAGACAUGCUGCAGCUGCGGCCUUUGGACCGCUCCUUCCUUUUUCCUGGUGAGCAGGUCCACAUACUGGCGUGCCUGUCAGCCUCUAAGCAAGACAUGCAGUUCAUAUCCCCGUUUAGAAUUGCUGCCGUGAUGUCUAAGAACGGGAACUCGCCGCAACACCCCGCAAAGAAACCUAGCUCUGUCAGUGAAAAUGGUGACACGAACCGGACAGCCGAGGAAGAUAGCUCUCCUCGUGGUGCUGAGGAUAAUAACAUGGAGAGUGUUGAACUCGGUGACAAUGUAUCUCCUGCAGCACAAGAUGUUUUGGAGACUGAAUCUCUCCUUCGGAUGGAAGAUCACAAGCAACAGACAGAAAAAAUGCUGCAGAAAUUCAAAAGAUCUAAUUUUUUUGUCCGAAUUGCGGAGUCAGAUGAACCUCUCUGGUCCAAGAAAAGGGUGCACGCAACUAAGACGGUAGACGACCAACCAUAUCCGGAUAGCCAGGGAAAUAACACGGCUUCAAGGAGUAAUGCUUACAACACCAUCUCUGAUAAAGGGGUUUUUGAUGGUAGCACGUCUGGCGGAGUCGCCCGUGAUACUGCAAGGUGCUAUGCUCUGCAUAAUGGAGACAUCGUGGUUGUUUUGCAAGUGAAUGUUGGUGUUAGCAAUAUGGAAGACCCAGUGCUUGAAGUUCUUCAAUUUGAAAAAUGUACAUCAAGCAAUUAUAUGCGUGAGAAUCUUGUCAACAGACUCACUAAUGGUAAUGAGGAUCCCUGUCAGGAGCUGCUUAGCUGGUUGCUCCCUUUGGACCGCACACUGCCUCCUCCUCGUUCUUUAUCACCUCCUACUCUCAAUCCUAGUAUAUCGCACAAACAAUCUUAUUCUGCCUCUGGGUCUCAAAUUUUUUCGUUGAGUAAUUUCAGAAGCUAUUCAAUGCCUUCACCCUCCUCAGCUCAGUCUCCCAACAUAAGACCACCACCUAUUUCUGAAAGUGAAGAAUUUAUGCCCGAAAAGCCUGCAAAAACACCUGAUGUUAUAAAUGAUGGGCAGCUUUCCUUUAGAGGAGUUCCUUUGGAGCCUGAACGGUAUUCUGUACGUUGUGGUCUAGAAGGUGUAUAUCUACCAGGGAAACGUUGGUCAAGAAAAGUUGAAAUCAUUCAACCAAUUGAAGUUCAUUCUUUUUCUGCCAAAUGUACUGCAGAAAAUCUUCUGUGUGUCUUAAUAAAGAACAUUGCUCCACAGCAUGUGCAAGAUAUAGUUGUAUUCAUAGAUGCAAUUACUGUUGUCUUUGAGGAGGCAUCCAAAGAAGGUUCUCCUCUGUCACUACCCAUUGCCAGUAUUGAAGUUGGGCAUGGUCACAGUUUACCAAAUCUGGCACUCAGGAGGGGUGAGGAACACUCAUUUAUUUUGAAGCCAGCAAUCAUGUCAUCCAGGAAUCGAAGGAGCAACAGUGAUGCAACUCCCACUUUGUCACUCCCAAAGACCAAUGGAGCUGCCACAAAUGCUUCUGUGCCGAGGGUUAGCGACCCCAGUGUUGCUCUUACUGAUCAGUAUGCUGUACUUAUAUCAUAUCGCUGCAAUUAUGCAGAAUCAAAGCUUUUUUUCAAGCAGGCCACGAGCUGGCAACCCUGUGCAGCCAGUGAUCUUAUGAUAUCCGUAUCUUCUGAACUGUCAUUACGAAAUCCUAUCCCGAGUGCUCGAGUUCCUCAACUUCCUGUGCAGGUCUUAACCCUUGAAGCUACCAACAUGACAUCAGAAAACCUCACACUAACUGUUCUUGCUCCAGAAGCAUCUGGUUCUUCUUCAGUUGUAUCCUUGAACUCAGCUCCAACCACACCAAAUGGUUCGCAUGAUAAUCUUAAUGAGUCUGCGAGAAAAUCUGGCUUGGGAAAACAAGGAACUGGUUUUCAGAGACUAAAUUCAGUCGUUGCCGGCUCUCCAAUGGAAAGUGACAGCGGAGGAAAUAGGUUGAGUACGUCAGCAGGUUGUACUCAUCUGUGGUUGCAGAGUGCAGUUCCUCUAGGGUGUGUCCCUGCACGUUCAAGCACCACUGUCAAACUCGAGCUACUUCCGUUAACAGAUGGGAUCAUUACAUUGGAUACACUGCAAAUAACCAUAAAGGAGAAAGGUCUUACAUACAUACCGGAGCACUCCUUGGAAAUACAUGCAUCUUCUGGCAUUCCAGCGGGAAGGUCAUAGGAAUCAGCAGAGCAUUAUUCCAUGCCUUGCAGUUUCUGGCUCAACCUCAGCGUGGAGCAAAAGUGAGCAAAUGCGUUGUUGCUCAUUUGUAUUGGAUGCUGGACAUGGGAGCUCUCACGGCAGGAUCCUAGAGUCUGAGCCAUAUAUCUCCAUUUCUGCUGCCCAAGAUGAUGGUCUCUGCAUCAACUAGAGAAAACACGUUCCGAAAUCCGUUCAUGCACGGGGCAGGCUCAUCGAAAACCUGUAAUGUUGUGUUGCAUAGUUUUGAUUCUUUGUCUUUUUCUUUCUGAUUUUCAUUUUUGUUUGCUACAUGUAAACCUGGCCAUUGGCCUUGUUUUGGCUGGCAGGCAGAUGUAUCAUGCGAUGUAUCGGAAAAUGAGAACUUUACGGAUCUCUGGUAUUUUUUUGGGGUUGGUAUUUUUAUGCCGGUUUUA